AUGGCCGCGGGGUGGUUCUACUCCCCGAGUCAGAUAGGCCGGUACAUCCUCACCCGAUUUACCAGUCUCAAGCCCCCAAGGAACAAAAUCCGCAAUCCCAUUUCUGUCCUGCGAGAACUGACCACCCACCAAUGGCUCAUGUUUCUGGUUGGCUUCUUGGGAUGGACCUGGGAUUCAUUCGACUUUUUCACCGUAUCGAUGACGGUGACUGAGAUUGCAAAAGACUUUGAUACCUCUGUCACCAGUGUUACCUGGGGCAUCACCGUCACCCUGAUGCUUCGAUCAGUCGGCGCCUUGAUCUCCGGUUUCUUUUCGGAUAGAUACGGAAGGAAAUGGCCGUUCAUAAUCACAUUGUCGGCUUUUAUAGUCCUGGAGCUUGUGUCUGGAUUCUGCCAGAAUCUGCCACAGUUUCUGGGUGUCCGUGCGUUGUACGGAAUAGCAAUGGGAGGUCUCUUUGGCCCGGCCGCUGCCACCGCUCUAGAGGACCUUCCCUACGAUGCUCGCGGAGUGUUAUCGGGUUGUUUUGAAAUGGGAUACGCCGUCGGAUACCUCCUUGCAGCUGCAUUCUACCGCGCCCUGGUCCCCACGACUAGCCACGGCUGGCGCAGUCUGUUCUGGUUCGGCGCUGCUCCCCCAGUCCUCAUUAUCUUCUUCCGCUGGAUGCUCCCCGAGACCAAUCACUUCCAGGUCAUGGUAGCCGAGCGCGAGGAGCGCAUCCGGCUGGCGCACGCAGAGGACGACCACGUCCGCGCGAUGGGCCUUCGCUCGUUCCUGAAAGAUUCCGGCACCGCGUUGAAAGAGAACUGGGUGCUUUUCAUCUACCUCGUCGUCUUGAUGACGGGAUUCAACUCCUGCUCUCAUGGAAGUCAGGACUUUUAUCCCACCUUCCUGAAAGAUCAGGUCGGUCUCCAACCAACCCAGGUCACGGUCAUCACCGUCGUGGGCCAAGCCGGUGCCUUCGUCGGUGCCAACUUCUUCGGCUACAUUAGUACCUUCUUUGGUCGCCGCUUAACCAUGAUGGUGACCUGUGUUAUCGGUGGUGCCUUGGUUCCCGUGUAUAUUCUGCCCCGCGACAUGAGCUUGAUCGCCGCCGUCUUCUGGCAGCAGUUCUGCGUCGGUGGUGUCUGGGGGCCGAUCCCGAUUCAUCUGAUGGAAGUGAAUCCCCCUGCGCUUCGCUCACUUCUAGUUGGCUUGACGUAUCAGCUGGGAAAUCUUGCCUCGUCUGCAUCAGCUACGAUCCAGUCGACGAUUGGGUCGCGGUAUCCUUUGCCUCCCAUUGAAGCUAAUAAGAAGCGCUUCGAUUACGGCAAGGUUAUUGGGAUUUUCCUGGGUGCCGUCUGGGCGUAUAUCCUGUUUUUCCUCUUCUGGGGGCCGGAGAUGUCCGCGGAAGAAAGGGAGGAGGAAGCAGAGGCGGCUAAGUACCUGGAAAACCUUCGUUCAGAGGGGGUCAGUCUGGCUGAGAUUGGAGUUGUGCAGGCGAGGAAGGCCAAGGGGGCUGGGAUGCCACCUCGAGAUAAUGAUGAAGAGAAGGGGAAUGAGGCCAUUACCGAGCACAUUGAGUGA